UCUCUCUCUCUCUCUUUCCGAUCGCUGACGAAAUUGCGGAAUUUUUCCUCGACAGUGUCAGCGCGCCGCUCGUCGAGUCAGCACGCGAUCGCGCGACGAAGCAGCGAAUCGCUUGCACUCGCGGUAAUUGUGCCUCGCUGCUGAUCUACCGGCGGACAGUUAGCAUGGGACUCGGUCUACGGUGCGCGAGAUAAUCCUACCGGACUGUCCGGUGCGGUGCUGAUACCAUUUAACAGACCAGUGGCCAGACCGCAUAAAAAAAGAAACGUUUAUCAAUAUCGGCGUGACAUGAACGCCGACUGAUUACCCGAUCGAGCAAUCAUUCUGCGUUUCCGGUUCGCACUGAUCAGGGCAAAAUGGGAGGCGGUGGACGGAAUGGCGGUCUGUUCACCUACGAGACCCUGGUGCACGCGAUUUCCGGCGCAGCCGGCAGCGUGGUCGCCAUGGCGACAUUCUUUCCUCUGGACACGGUAAGAAGUCGUCUACAACUGGAAGAAGGUCGAGAGUCGAAGAACACCCUAGCGACGAUCCGGGAACUCGUGAUGAAGGAGGGACCGUACACGCUGUACAGAGGAAUGGUGCCGGUACUCCAGAGCCUCUGCGCCAGCAACUUUGUUUACUUCUACACAUUCCACGGGCUGAAGAUGCUUAGGAGCAAGAGAAACCAGUCGGCUGGGAACGACCUGCUGGUCGCAUCCAUCGCUGGUGUGAUCAACGUCAUCACAACGACGCCAUUGUGGGUGGUGAACACAAGGCUGAAGAUGAGGGGUGUCGGCAUGGACCCGGAGAGGAACAACAACGAAUACAGCACGUUGCUCGAUGGUCUCCUUCACAUAUGGAAAUACGAAGGCCUUGGAAACCUCUGGGCGGGAACUUUGCCCAGCCUGAUGCUCGUGAUAAACCCUGCUAUACAGUUUAUGACCUACGAGAGCAUCAAGAGGAGGGUCACCGCUACCAUGCAAGGCUCGCAGCCGCCUGCUUGGGUGUUCUUUGCCAUCGGUGCCGUUGCCAAAGCAGUUGCCACUGCGCUCACUUACCCGUUGCAGCUGGUGCAAACGAAGCUCAGGCAAGGUCACAAGUAUCCAAAUCUUCCACCUGAUGCCGGCACAUUGCAGAUACUUUUGUACAUAUUAAAGAAACAAGGAAUGGCGGGACUGUACAAAGGAAUGGAAGCUAAAUUACUUCAAACGGUUCUGACAGCCGCGUUGAUGUUUUUAGCGUACGAAAAGAUAUCAAGAUUCGUGAUCCGUAUUCUUCUGCACAGGCCGCUGUUGAGAUAAUAACGUCUUAGAUAGCGAACAGUAUUAUGCGGUGAUAUCGGCAUUGUUUCCUUCGUUACGAUAAACUAUAGCGAUUACAAGACGGAAAUAAUUUAGAUAUGCAUAAUGCUUGCAUAACGAAGUACAUUUCUAUUUCAUGUACCAAGCGAAAUAAGUUAGAGGAGAAGAAAUUGGUCCCAGGAAUAAAGCUUGUGUAAACUUUUUCAAUACAUAGCCAGCCAAAUAUACAACACAUAUUUCUGAAAAUUCCCAAGCUUUUCAGCCAGACAUUUUUCAAGCAGAAAAUCAAACGUCGUCUCGGUUCUUGGUGCCAACAGCGAAAUUAAUCAAUUUAUUAUUACAACUUUCAAAUAAAUUCUUAAAUCUAAA